AUGGCAGUUCCAGUUGACAGCGUCCUUUGUCUAGACCCUACCCUAAGCCUCCCUCGAAUUCUCUGUCUCCAUGGCGGAGGUACCAACUCACAGAUAUUUCGUGCCCAAUGUCGUAUCAUCAGGCGGCAUCUAGAGAGCUCGUUCCGUCUCGUCUUCCCUGAUGCGCCUUAUUUUAGCAAGCCCGGUCCGGACGUGACAUCCGUCUAUGAAGCAUGGGGUCCGUUCCGCAGCUGGAUGAGACCCCAACCGGAUGCCGAUGACGCCAUGGAGGCUGACGACCAACGAGGUGCGACGGGACAAUGGGUCGGCCUACUCGGCUUCAGCCAAGGCGCAAAGAUGGCCGCAAGCCUGCUAUUUAGGGAACAGUACCGCAUGGAGCGCCAAGGCUGGGUGCGAACGUACCAGGAACAGCUCGCAGCUGCCUUGGGUCAACGUUCCAUGUUUCGCUUUGCCGUCCUGCUAGCGGGUAGAGGGCCGCUUGUCACGUUGGAUGAGGAUUUUACUGCUUUCUAUGGCCCAGAAAAAGAUAUAUGGGAACCCAUUUUGCAACUACCUACUGUUCAUGUCCACGGAACGCAAGAUGAUGGGCUGGCCAUGCAUAGAGACUUCCGAAAUCGCUGUUGUACGGAGGAGAGCACGACGUUGGUGGAGUGGAACGGCAACCACCGUGUUCCUAUUAAAGCUGUACAUGUUUCUGCAGUAGUUUCUGCGCUGAUGAAGGCAUACCAGCAGUCGCAGACGUUAUGA